CUUUCUAAGCAACUCAAGUUCGUGGUGAUUCAGGCCUUCUUCUGAAGAGACAGAGUCUUAUCUUAAUGAAUGACGAAGAACUAUCAGAACUUCCCUCUGAGGAUCAGGAAUACGGUGAACCAAGGACAUAUGAUCCAGAUUUCCAGGGGCCUACUGCCAACAGGAGGUGUACAGAUGUUCUGUGCUGCAUAAUCUUCGUUGUGUUUAUUAUAGGCUACAUUGUCUUAGGACUUGUAGCCUGGGUACAUGGAGAUCCCAGAAGAGUGGCUUAUCCUACAGACAGCCAGGGCCACUUCUGUGGCCAGAAGGGCACUCCCAAUGAGAAGAAGCCCAUUUUGUUCUAUUUUAAUCUGUUCAGAUGUGCCAGUCCUGCCAUCAUGGUAAACCUACAGUGCCCUACCACACAGGUCUGUGUUUCUAAGUGCCCAGAAAAAUUUUUAACUUAUCUGGAAAUGCAACUUUUGUCCAAAACAGACAAAAGUUAUUGGGAAUACUACCGUCAAUUCUGUAAGCCCACUGCUCAGCCUGCCAAGUCUCUCACAGAAGUCUUAUUGAAUGGUGACUGUCCAACAGCAGUGUUUCCAAGCAGACCUUUUCUCCACCGAUGUUUCCCUGACUUCUCCACGAGAAAUGGCACUUUGACAGUAGGGAGCAGAAUACUGUUCGAAGAUGGAAGUGGAAAGACCAGAAAUGCUGUAGAACUCAGAGAGGCUGCAAAUGGCAUCAAUAAAAUCCUUGAUGCAAGGACAGUUGCAAUGAAAGUGUUUGAAGACUAUGCAACAACUUGGUAUUGGAUUCUCAUUGGCCUGACUAUCUCCAUGAUCCUUAGUUGGGUGUUUUUGAUGCUCCUGAGGUACACAGCGGGAUUCCUCUUCUGGUUCUUCAUGUUGGGUGUGCUUGGAAUUCUAGGAUACGGAAUAUGGUACUGUUAUCGUGAAUACAACAAACUUGAGGACAAUCCAAAUUCUUCAUUAAGUGUUUAUGAUAUUGGGAUUCAGACUAAUAUUAGCAUGUACUUCCAAUUGAAACAAACAUGGUUCUCAAUAAUGAUAAUACUCAGCAUCCUUGAAGGGACCAUCAUCCUGCUGCUGAUCUUCUUCAGGAAACGAAUCCAUGUUGCCAUUAUCCUACUGAAGGAAGGGAGCAAAGCCAUUGGAUAUAUUCCUACUACAUUAAUAUAUCCAAUUGUAACUUUCAUUUUGCUUGCAAUCUGCAUUUCCUACUGGGCUGUGACAGCAAUUUUCUUGGCAACUUCAGGUGUUCCUGUGUACAAAGUUGUAGUCCCAGAGGGGAAAUGCGUACAUGAAAAUGAAACAUGUGACCCAGAGAUAUUCAACACAACUGAAGUUAUCAAAAGUUGCCCUGGGGCUCUGUGUAACUUUGCUUUCUACGGCGGAAUGAGUCUGUACCAUAAGUACAUUCCUACCUUCCAUAUAUACAAUCUGUUUCUCUUUCUCUGGCUUAUAAACUUCGUCAUUUCAUUGGGUCAAUGUGCCCUUGCUGGUGCCUUUGCUACUUAUUACUGGGCCAUGAGAAAGCCUGAUGACAUCCCACCACAUCCACUUUUUACUGCAUUUGGUCGAGCCAUACGGUAUCAUACAGGAUCUCUAGCAUAUGGAUCAUUAAUCCUUGCAGUAAUUCAAACAUUUAAAGCAACCCUAGAAUACUUGGACCGUCGUAUUAAAGAUGCCCAAAACAUCUUUGCUAAAUUCUUACAAUGCUGUCUGAAGUGCUGUUUCUGGUGUUUAGAAAACAUGGUGAAGUUUUUAAACAGGAAUGCCUACAUUAUGAUUGCACUGUAUGGCAAAAACUUCUGCAGGUCAGCAAGAGAUGCUUUCAAUCUGCUGAUGAGAAACAUUUUAAAAGUUGCAGUUACAGAUGAAGUUACACACUUUGUAUUACUCCUGGGGAAAGUUCUAGUUUCUGGCUUUAUAGGACUUUUGGCCUUCUUGCUCUUCACAGAAAGGUUGCCAAUGGUCGAUUAUGAACCAACAUCAUUAAAUUACUACUGGAUCCCUUUGCUGACUGUCAUUGUUGGAUCAUAUCUAAUUGCUCAUGGGUUCUUCAGUGUCUAUGCAAUGUGUGUUGAAACAAUUUUUAUCUGCUUCUGUGAAGAUCUGGAAAGAAAUGACGGAUCAGCAGAAAAACCUUACUUCAUAACCCCUAACCUUCACGGGAUUCUGACCAAGAAGCAACCAGUUCCCCAGAAGCAGAAAGUUUCCCAGAAGUAGUACAGUUCCAAACAGUGUCAUGGCCUAAGCUGAAGUUCUGUAAAUCAGAUCCAUUGUCAUUUAAAAAUGUUGCUUUCGAGGAAUGUGAACUUUCUGUGCUAUUUCUAAAGAAUUAGCACAGAACUGAGGUGUGCCAACUGGGGCAUUGGGUUUGCAUGGCAAUGGCUUGGGUGAGGUCGUAAUACUUUAUGGAGUGGUUCCCACUGAAGAGCAAAGUGUUCAUGCAGAACAUUUUUUAAAAACCUAGAGCUGAAAGUGUUUAAUAACUUUUAUAAGUCAGUGUGCUGUUUCCAUUGGGGGCACUUUGAUAGCCUAUCUUUUUAUAAGUGUAUAUUUGUAAAGGAUAUUCAGGCAAUUUUUGAAAACACUACAAAUGUGUAAUCAACUAGCCAUAAAAUAUUGAGUUAUAGUUAACCAGCAUAUGGUACUAACAUUGUAAAUAUGGUGCUAUGGUUAUAUUUAUACUGUUCAAGCUGGUGGACAACUCUCUAAACUGUGAUUGAACUUUAUUAAUGGCUCUCUUGAAAGAAUAUUUCAGUGAGCCAAUUGAGUCCAUAACAGACAUCCAGAUAUUAAUGACACACAGGGUCUGCAGAGGGCAGCACUAGUAAAAGUUACCGUGGAACUUUCAUAGUCCAUUUUGCUCUAGUGUCAUGAUAUUUAUACUACAGUCAAAUCUGAGCUC